AUGCAGAAGUAUGACUACACUUUGGAAUACAAGCCAGGAAAGGAGUUAGUGCUUCCGGAUAUGCUCUCUAGAGCACCACUUCCUGAAACAGCAUAUGGCAGCAUGGAAGAAGAAAUUGCACUACAUGUCCAUUUGCUAACUCCUAACCUACCAGUCUCGAAGCCCAAACUAGAAGAAAUUAAAGAAGCCACAGGUAAUCACCCAUCAUUGAAAGAACCGAAGGAUGCGAUCAAGUCAGGAUGGCCAGAAACAAAAUCUUGCACACCAGCAAGUAUUCAAGUCUACUGGAAUGUAAGAGAUGAGCUCUCUGAAGUCGAGGGUGUUAUUCUCAAAAAUGACAGAAUACUAGUCCCGUCAUCUAUGAGAAAAGAAAUACUACAAAGGAUACAUCAAGGCCACAUGUCCAAACGACGAGCAAGAGAUGUCCUAUACUGGCCAGGAAUGAAUUCUCAAAUCAGCGACAUGAUAUCAAGGUGCACCACCUGCUUAGAGCAUCAACGGCAAAACACGAAAGAGCCAAUGAUCCCUUCUCGCUUACCGCGCAAGCCCUGGGAAAUGGUCGCCACAGACUUGUUCAACUGGGACAAAUCUGAAUACCUGAUAGUUGUUGACUAUCACUCCAGAUAUUUUGAAAUAGCCAAACUACCAGACACCAAAAGCACCACAGUCAUCACCUACACUAAAUCUAUAUUUGCCAGACAUGGAAUACCAUCCGAAGUAAUCAGUGACAAUGGUCCCCAGUACUCCUGAAAGGACUUUUCACUGUUUGCUAAACAAUGGGAAUUCAAACACACUACUGUCAGUCCACUGUACCCCCAAGCAAAUGGUCUUGUUGAGAAAGAAGUACAAACAGUGAAAAAUCUACUAACCAAAGCAAAACAAGAUCGCAGGGAUCCUUAUUUGGCACUACUUGAGUACAGGAACACACCAAUAGAUGAUAUUGGUUCACCAGCGCAACUGCUUAUGAGCCGGCGAUUAAGAUCAAUCAUUCCCACUACCAACGCACAGUUGCAGCCUAAAGUCUUUAAUCCACACAAAGUUAUGGAGAAACUGAGGCUCAAACAGGAAAAACAAAAGCACUAUUUUGAUCAGCAUGCCAAACAUCUUCCCACAUUAGAGAAAGGUGACCGGAUCAGAGUACAAAUGGGAAGCCAUUGGAAACCAGGCGUUGUAACAGAACACGCAGAAACACCAAGAUGCUAUAGGAUUCGAACUGAUGAAGGUAGAGAAUACCGCAGAAAUAGAAGAGCGUUAAUAAAAUCACCAGAGAGUGGUCUAUCAGCAACAGACAUCUCACCUCAUCCUAAGUCUCCAACCGUGAGAGCAAAUGAGCAUUCAACCUCAAAGGAAGCAGCCAAUCAAGCAAUCCCAUCUGUUGAAGAGCCCAUUUCGACAUCCCAAGAGCAAGGGGAAAUGUAUUCAUCCGAGGAGGAAAUCUUAGAGCCUCUCAAGACAGCAAGUGGAAGAACUGUGAGAAGGCCUUUGCGUUUCAAGGAUUAUGUUAUGUGA